CGGAGGCAUGCACACGACUUUCCUGCAACGAUUUUAUACUGUAAUUAAUGAGAUUACAUUGGCCACGCGUUCGCACUUUUUCCUCUGCGUCCAGCAGGCGCCCUCCUAGCUCCUUUUCCUCCAGCUGUCGGAAGCCUCUCCCCCGGAACUGCGCGGAUCUGCCGCUGCGGCUUUCUUCUUUCCCUCACUCAGCCAAUAGCAAUCCUCACCUUUAAAAAUUCCGCUUCUGAUUGGACUUCUGGAAGUGUGACGCUCUUUGAAAUUUGUAGCGGGCGCCGCAACUGUGGCUGUUGUUGCCGAUGUUCCUGCCGCGCGUUGCUUGAAGAAAGGCUGGCGGUUCGCUCGGAUCUGUGCCGGGUCCGGAGGAAACGGGUUGUCCCUCCGCGGGAGCGGCUAAACCAUGUUGAAUAUGCUGAACCCUGUGGCACUGGAAGAGGAGACAAAUAAAAAGCUCACAGAAUUUAUCCAGAAUGUUCGUAAUAGAGAUUUUGUAUGGAUGGAUGAGAUUCUUGAAGAGGCUAUCAAGAUGUUUAAGAGUAAUAGCUUUGAUGGAGAACCAGAGCUGAUGCCAAAAACCCCAUCUCAGAGAAAUCGUGGUAGAAAGAAAUGUCUCUCUUCUAUUAAGAAUGAUCAGUUUGCCACAAGAAGAUCAUCUAAAAGAAGCAAUGCCCGGAUGAGGGCUUCAAAGAGGAUUUCCCAAAAUGCUCAGCACAAAAAAGAAUUAGAAAUUCAGAAAGCUGAACUAGAGAACACCUCUCCUUGUGUACGUGUAACUAGAUCACAGGCUGCCAAGUUUUCCAUGCCUCUCUCAAUUGCUGCUGUUAAGAAUCCAGUUAUCGAUUUAGCCAAAGGGAGGAUACCACUGGUAGAAAUUAGUGGCAAUGAGAGGCGCACUGCAGAAUUGCAGAUAGAAAAAACGCCACCCCAAAUAGCAAAGGUUGCCUUAAGCCAUACUUUGUCUUCUUCACCUGUUAAGAGAUCAAAAACCUUGUCUGAAACAUCUGUGGUCAUAAUCCAAGACACUCCUGAGGAAAAAAUAAGAAAAGAGGCUGGACGGGCAGCAUGUAAGUUGAAGAUAGCAAAUGUCUCUCUCUCCAAAACUAUUGAAAAUGAAGAGCCCAGGGCUGAAAAAUUAUGUCCACAGCAACAGGAAGAUAAGCCGCUAUCUGAACCCAAAGCCAUGUUGAACUUAAAUAAAGUUCCACAAACACCUGCUGUCCCUAAAGGAAGCCGUCGCUCUGUGCGCCGAAGCCUGAUGGGCAGAGCCUCCACAAGCUCCAGGGCCUCUCUGGCCAAGAGAUAUUCGCUAAGCACGAAAAGGGAACAAAUCGUCUUGAGACGCAGUAGCAGGACUGCGUCCAAACAAGAAUCUAUCCAGCAGUCAUCUGUGCAUAGGCAUGUAAACACUGAGGUAAUUAUGGAAACACUUCAGGAUAAAGAAAGUACUGAAUCCAGAGCAAUAUUAGAUUCUAUGCCUCAUUCUCAGGAGGUUGAUGAAAAUCUCAACAAAUCUCUUCAUUCGAACAAGACUACUGUGCCAGAGACUCCCCAGUCUGAAGAAAAACAGCAUAAAGGAGAUAGGGAAGAAGACAGCUCUGAAGUGAGUGAUAAGUUACAAGAGCAGCCUCAGAGUGCCCGGAGAAAGCCAAGCUAUAAGAGAGCAAUUAGGGAUAGAGAUGAUGGACAGCACACAGAAGAUGAGCUCUCUCCACCAAGAAAAAAGACUCUAUCUCCUCAGUGUCCUGCCAGCAAGGUUGUGCGGCCCUUCAAAACAUUCUUGCACACAGUGCAGAAGAACCAAAUGCUGAUGACUCCUGCCUCUGUAAAUCGAAACAGCACAAUAAAAUCAUUCCUCAGGCAGAACACUCCCCUCCGCUUCACUCCCAAGGGAGGGUUUGUUGAAAAAGAGAGGCAGCGGUUAGAGAAUCUGAGGAAAAAAGAAGAGGCCGAGCAACAAAGAAAAAGGAAAGUGGAAGAGGAAAAGAAACGGCGAUUAGAGGAGAUGAAACGUAAACGUGAAGAGCGUCUCCAAAAGGUGUUGCAGGCCCGGGAGCGAGUAGAGCAGUUAGAGGAGGAGAAGAAAAAACGACUUGAACAAAAAUUGGCUCAACAUGAAGAGAAGAAUGAAAAGGUACGAGAGGAAAAAAUAGCAGAAGGCAAAAUUAAGAAAAGGGCAGCGGCUAAGAAGCUGGAAGAACUUGAAGCCCGGCGCAAGCAAGAGGAAGAUGUCCGCAAACAGAGAGCACUGCAACUGGAGGAAGAAGAACGUAGACAUAAGGAACUGAUGCAGAAGAAAAGAGAGGAGGAACAAGAAAGAGUAAGGAAAAUUGCAGAACAACAUCAGGCUGAGCUGGAAAGAGAAAAAGAACUGUCUGCUAAGAGAGAACUGGAGAAGAAGCGAGAGCAGGAAAAGAUCCAGGCCCAGCGGAAGCAUGAACAACAAGAAAGAGAAAAGGCUGCUCGUUUGCAGAGAGAGGUUUUGCAAGCAGCUAAAGAAAAAGAGAGGCUCAGGAAAGAAAUGGAGGAGAAAGAGAGGAAAUUGCAGGAGCAACAGAAGCAAGAAGAGGAAUUAAAGAAAAUAACUUCAGAGGCUCAGGCAAAGGUUGCUAAUAAGCAACUGAAUGUGACCGUGAAUAUUGAGAACUCACCUAUCUGUAAUUCGUAUCAAAUGACACCUCAAGGCCCCAAACAACCCAAAAUUGAUAUAAAUAAUUAUGGAAUGGAUUUGAACAGUGAUGAUUCAACAGACGAUGAGAAUCAACCCCGCAAAACCGUCCCUGCUUGGGCUUCUGGAAAUCAACUAAGCCAAGCAAUCCUGCAUCAAUAUUAUAACCCACCAAACACCAAAGCACUCUUUGGAGUGGUGAAGAGUCCCAAGUUGGAAGAAAUCUUCGAUAAAAGCAAGCCGCGUUAUUUCAAGCGCACAAGCUCCGCAGUGUGGAAUUCCCCACCUUUCCCAGGGGCCAAAUCUCUGUCUUCUGCCUUCAAGAGGUGCUGAUGCCUGUUCAAUCUAAUGUGUGUCUGGUUAUGUUUGUCAAAGGAGAAAAUGAGUUGCUUUUCAACAGAGUUUUGCACUCUGUUUUCUUUUAUCAAUAUUAAUAAAUAUUAUACUCUUAUAAUGAAGUUGCUGUCUUUGCUCACAGUGCCUAAGUGACCUGCUAGGAUUGGCAACAAUAUUAUAAUAAACCUACUGUUAUGUAUGACCGCUAUUGGAAACCUAUGUGCAGAGACUAAGGGAAUUGAUCUUGAUAAAAGUAUAUAAGAACCAUUACCUAGGCAAAGAGGGUUGAAACAUCAUUUAAGUCCUGGGAAGCAAGAUAAUGUUUGGAAGCAGCUCAGCCAAAUAUUUGCCUGAUUCAUUGAGGUAUAACAAGGACGGGGGGUACAGUACAAUCAGACAUGAGAGAUUCUGAUUCUAUAGCCUGCCUCAAUAAAGUAUAUUAUUUUUUAGUCUGUUCUAUCUAGUGGGGUUGACAUGUAUGACCAAGAAUAAGGACAUGUCACUUGGCAUUGAGUGGCCUUGGGUAAUUGCUCAUUCUAACCUAUCGUUAGAUUACUGUGAAUAUAUGAAUUGAGACAGAUCAAGCCCUUGAGGGGGAAGAGGGGAUAGAAAUGCACCAUGAAGCAUGCCUAUGGUCAUCUUAUGUAUUUUUGAGCUUUAUCAUUAGACAUGAUAGAGCAGGGGUUCCAACACCAUGGCCCACUACUGGGCCGUGGCCUAACUGCAACCAGGCCAUGCAAGCAGCGGGCUGGCACUCAUGCGUGUGCAGCUCAAUUUGAAGUCGAUCUGUAUGCAGAUGCACGCCAACCCACCACUCACAUAACCUGGUUCCCCUCUCCCCACCCCAGCCAAGCCACCAAGCUGCAAAGGUUGGGGACUGCUGUGAUAGAGAAUGCAAUUGUUGAUAAAGGGGCUUAGUUUUCAAUAUGGUUGCACAUAGGAUUGGCUGCUAUUAAUCUCUAGUUUCCUUAAUAAAUUUCAUCGGUGUUUUGAUUACUUUGUCCUAUAAUAUAUUUGCCUCAACAGAGUUGCUCCUUUUGUACUGUCAUUCUAAGGCACAAACCCUAGUUACAAAUAAAAAAUGUGUUUCAUGCAACAAGUUACAUUUUCAUACCAUACUAUUAUGGAUUAGCACAAUGCAUGAAUUCUGCCAUUAAAUUGUUCUGGAAUGAUUGUGCAAAAAUUCCAUCUGACAAUUUUGAGGGGAAAAUAUCAGCCAGUAAUGCAAUAUUUUGCAAUGUUAUGACAUAUCACUAACAGGUAGCCAACUUGUUUUAGAAACAAAUCUACUUAUCAGCCUUGUUAUUAUAGAGAAUAUAUGGUAGUAUCUCAUGUGAGUGUAAAAUUGGAUUUAUGUAUUUGCUUCUAUUUUUUAAUAUCCAGGAGAAAUAUGCUAAGAAUCUCAAAAUAGCCUUUUUAAAAAAAAAUAAAAAAAAAA